AUCCUCUACAACAUACCUGAUGGCGUUGCCGUAUCCGAGGCCCAACUGGAAGACUUCCGCUCCGGCGUUCUGGAGCCAGAUGUCUCUUUCCAGACCGACUUCCUGCAGCUGAUCGUUUUCUAUGGUGCCGAGGAAGCAGUUAUAUAUCUCCAACCCUCCGCCAUCCAACUACUGAAGGAAGUUUGGAAGGCGGAAUGGGAGUUUGCCAAGUUCCCAAACAUGUCAAACCUUGAUAGCGGCCCAUAUGUCGGCUACGAAGGGCAUAUCUUUCAACCCUGGAGAAUUUACCAUGAUCAGAAUCUGACAAUGACGGUGACCUACCAGCCUAACAGAGGCGUCGCGCCGGAUAAACCGCUGAAGGGCGUCACGAUUGCUGUCAAGGACAUAUUCGAUAUAGAAGGGAGUAAGACCGCGCUUUGCAAUCGUGCUUGGGCAGAAUAUCAGUCACCCAAGACACGCACUGCCCCCUCAAUCAAGCGUCUUCAGGACCUAGGGGCGUGGGUGGUGGGUAAGACUCGGCUCAACGCCAUGGUAGUCCGAGAGGAGACCAUGGAGUGCGUCGAAUGGCUCGCGCCGUACAAUCCUCGCGGGGAUGGCUAUCAGACUCCGUCUGGGAGCAGCAGUGGAAGCUGCGCAGCUCUCGGAGCCUACCCCUGGAUCGACUUUGCCAUUGGCUCCGACACGAAUGGAAGCUGUCGAAAGCCUGCUUAUUGGAACGGAUGCUUUGCUAUUCGGCCGACACACGGCGUUCUCGAUACCCAAGGCGUAGCGUCUUUCUGCCCGUACUUCGAUGUUCCCUCUUUCUUUGGCCGUGACAUUUCACGCUUCCGUCACUUUGCAGAGCUGUGGUACGGCGACUCAAACAGGCUGAUGAAGGAUUACGAGUUUGGGACGAGCGGGACUGGGAUACUCUACCCUCUCGACUACCUACCAACCUCCAAUGCAUCCCAGAUGAAGCUCAUUGACUCAUUUGUCGAGGAUCGAGAGCAUGUGCUUGGUACAAAGCGAACACCCAUCUCGCUAGCGGAGCUGUGGAAGAAAUCUCCUCCAGAUUCGGUGGUCGACAAGGAUCUCCCAGAGUACCUCAAGACGGCACAACUGUUGCUGAUAUACCCUCACCAGGCCGGAACAUUACCCUACUAUCAGGACGCUAUCGGCGUCGUCAAGGAAUUUUACGAUGGCUACACGGCGAAGUUCGGAAAGACGCCGUUCGUACAUCGCGCUCUUCUAUGGAGAUGGGAAACGGCGGACCAAGUAACGCCAGAGGAGCGAGACGAGGGGUGGGCCCGGAUCUAUACGUACAGAAAGUGGCUUCUGGACAACAUCUUCACUGAGGGUUCCAUUCUUGUCCUCCCCAUUGACGAGGGCAGGCCGAACUAUCGCGAUACCCCUCCCCCUCCGUUCGGUCUCCUCAGCGGAUACUCCUCCCUUUGCAUAUCACCUAUCGCUGGAAUCCUAGAAGUAACAGCGCCCAUCGGCGAGAUAUCGUACGACUCGGAGAUAACGCACCGCAGGGAACCAUUCCCAAUCAGCGUCAGCGUAACAGGGCCGCCCGGGACCGAUCUAGGUCUCAUCGACCUUAUCCAUCGGACUCUUCAAGAAGCGGGGAAGCCGAUCCGUCUCAACACGGGGCGUUCCAUCCUCUGA